CUGAAAGAAAGAGAAGCAGCAGACCAAAGUUGGCUUGGGUCGCUCGCUUUAAAAGUCUAUGAUCACUCUCCGCUUUGAGACCUGCCGACCACCAAGACAGCAGAUCCUAGUUAUUCUUCUCCCCAAAAGAUGGCUCCUUCGCUCUUCAGAGACAUCAAAAGAGUGAGCUUCUCCUGCUCAUCUCCUGCUUCAGCAGCAGUAUGUACGAGCAUACAUCCACGAUCCAUCGAUCUUCCUACGUCUGGAGAGGGUGCCGAUCACCGAACUCCCCAUCCGAGAGACUCCCAGAGAGCAGCAAAGUCCCAGUUCCCCUCCAAGACUAAAUCCCACAGCCAAAAGAGUAGUAGGAAAAGCUCACAGAAGCUUGCUGAUUUAAUCAGCCCUGCAAACUCUUCUCGCUACCUACUCAACUCCUCUCCAUAUGCAUCGAAUGACUCUGCCUUCUUCGACAUCUUCCCUGAUUCUGAACCUGUUCCUGCUCUGCUUCCGGCUGAGUCGUCGAAGUUUCGAUCUAAAACAAGAGAUGAACUUGCUGUUCCAAGACCAUCUUCUUCUCCUAGAACACAUGACCAGGUUGUGGUUUUGAGAGUGUCUCUGCACUGCAAGGGUUGUGAAGGGAAGGUGAGGAAGCAUAUCUCCAAGAUGGAAGGAGUGACAUCCUUCAGCAUAGACUUGGCAGCGAAGAAGGUGACGGUGGUUGGAGAUGUCACGCCUUUGGGUGUGCUCAACAGCAUCUCCAAAGUAAAGAACGCUCGGCUGUGGCCAUCACCGCCGCGGUCCUCGGCAUCCUUCUGAUUAGGAAUCACUCCACCGAUCGAGGCACUUUAAAUUAUCAAGCCGAUGACGAACUUAUAUUAACUUUAGCCCCUAUCGCCUUUUCUCUAUUCAGAAUUAAUUGGAGCUCAUGUAUGAAGUUGAUCUUAAGCUGUGCAAUGCAGUCUUUUGGUUAAUUAGUGCACUUCUUUUGG